CACGAUCGGGUUACGUUACCGGGUUUCAAUCGCUCAAAGGGUAGUCCCAUACAUUCAUUCAAUCUCCAAAAUUCUCAUCAAAAUUCUUCAAAUCAAUCACAUCCAGACCCCAAAAACCCAAAUUCACAUCAUGAAUUCCAAUACCCACAAUUUACAAAUCUUCAUUCAAGCCCCAGAUCUUCAAUCCCCAAUUCGAUCCCUAACCCUAACUCUAACCCCCAGUUUCACAAUCCAUAACCUCAAGCAAUCAUUUUUCUCCCAAAUUGAUUCAACCAAUCAAAACCCCACAUCCUCCACCUUCUUCACCUUCAACGGCCGCGUUCUUUCCGACUCCGAAACCAUUCAAUCCGCCGGAAUUUCGAAUUUGUCAACGUUAGGGUUAAGAUUCCGUCUGCCCGGCGGCGGAGGUGAUGGCGGCGCCACGGGGGCGGAGUCACGUGACUGUUAUCUCAACAUGUAUGCCGAUAAGAAGCCCGAUAAGGUUGAUCCGAACGAACAGAGGUUAUCGAAAUGGUUGAAUUGUGCGUUGUCGAACGAGCCGUUGAAGCGGCCGAUUGUGGUUGAUUAUUUAGGGAAUGUGUUUAAUAAACAGGCGUUGGUUGAGGCAUUGUUGAAGAAGAAUGUGCCGAAAGCGUUUGGGUAUAUAAAGGGGUUGAAGGAUAUGAUAUCGGUUGAGCUUGAAUCGAUACCGGGAACUGAAGGAGCGGAUUCGGAUGUGAAGUUUCAGUGUCCGGUUACCGGGUUGGAGUUUAAUGGGAAGUAUAAGUUUUACGCGUUGAAGAGCUGCGGGCACGUGUUGAGUGCGAAAGCGUUGAAGGAGAUUAAGUCGUCGAGUUGUCAUGUGUGUCGUAAGGAGUUUGCGGAAGCGGAUAAGAUUGUGAUCAAUGGGAAUGAGGAAGAGGUGAUCGCAUUGCGGGAGAAGAUGGAGAUCGAAAAGUUGAAAGUGAGAGAGAAGAAGGCGAAGGUGAAGAAAGUUAAAAAUGCGAACGGGAAUGAGAAUGCUGGUGGUGAUGGUGAUUCGGGUGUUUGUGAGGAUGUGGUUCGGGUUAUUGGGUCGAAGCGUGAGAUUGACGUGAAGGCUGCGAAGGUGUCGGGGAAGAUUGAGACGAAUGAGAAAGUUGUGAAUGGUAAAAAUGAGGCGAAGCGGUUUAAGGCUGCGGAUUUGGCACCGGCGAAUGCGAAUAAGGAAGUGUAUGCGUCUAUUUUUACGUCUUCGAGGAAGUCUGAUUUUAAGGAGACAUAUUCGUGCAGAUCUUUGCCGCUUGGUAGGAACUGAUGAGGUUUGUGGUUUGGGUGUUUGAUGUAAGGUUGUACUUGUUUUUGGAUGAUGUUAUUGCUUGAUAUGAAUUAAGAACACCCCUUUUGAACCCAUAAACCAUAGUAGUAUUGUUUAUAUCUAUUUGUUUGCCCAUGUUAAAGCAAUCUACUUGGCUGUUAUGUUUAGCUUCUGAAAUCUGUAUGCAGUGUAUGAUCAUGACCUUGAUUCUGUUGGUUUAAGCAAGUUAUUUGUUUAAGUGA